AUGGUAAGUGCUAUUUGCAUUUCUCUCGACCUGCAGGCAGGAAAGGAGAAGGUGGUGCCUUUGCCCCGGGGCUGUGCAAGCAGCGCGCCCUGCCCGCAGCCGGACUUCGCCUGCCCCUGGCCCGCCCCCGCCGGCGUCUCCACGGAGAGCAGCGCCGCCGAGCAGGGCCCGGGCCCGCGCGGCCCGGCCCGCGCCCCGCAGCGAGCGGCGUGGCGGGGCGCGCAGCUGUCCUGCCAGCUCCACCGCAACAAGCAGAGUCAACAUCUAUUCAUCAAUAUCUCUAUUCCGCAGCUUCAAGAUACUUUGCUUCAGAAGGAAGAGGAACUUGCUAGGUUACACGAGGAAAACAACAACCUCCGCCAGUACCUGAAUUCUGCCCUCAUUAAAUGCUUAGAAGAAAAAGCCAAGAAACUGCUGUCCUGCCAUAACCAGAAAAACUGUACUGUUCUCAAAAACACCAAAAGGAGAUUAAAAGAUGACCACUGCUUUGCUCCUCAGGAAAGUCCACAUGCCUCCAAAGCUAGAAGGAAUCUCUUUAAUGAGUUCACUGCCUGUGAAGAACAAGCCAGUCCUACCGUGGACAGCUGGGUCUUGCAGACUUUAGGAUUAAAAGACAUCAACACUAUUGAUGAAUCCUUGUCAGCUAACUACAGUGCCUUGUCCUCAGACUUUGGAAAAGACACGUACUGCCUGAGCCCCAGUGAAGCCAGAGACUAUGACCACAGUGAGGGUGCAGCAGCAGUUUACAGCUGUGGCCAGAUGCCUCCAGCCAACAGCAGUGCCCAUUCGUGCAGUGAGGGCUCUCCCUUCAUUCCUCAGCUCUCUUCAGCACCAUGCGUCUCCUCACCAGUGCCAAGCCUCUCCUCCUUCCCAGCUUAUGGGUUGCCUUAUCUGACUAGUGACUUGUCACCUAACAAAACUGAGGUGGCCUUCACAACCUCCCUGAGUCCUCACCGCAACGUGAGGACACACAGCUUCCACCAAGGACAAGCCUUUGUGCGCAGAGAUGAUGAUGGAGGAUGGAGAUUCACCUGGGUGCCCAAGCAGGCUGAAUAAAGCACCUGCCUCAGGGGCCACCUGUAGGGAAAACAGAAGACAGUUCAUCUUGUCCUUGAGACCAGUUCAGGCAACAGAAAAGAUUUCCCUUUUGGGCUCUGUUAGAACAAUAUUCUUACCCACUCAGUCCUCACUCCCUCUUAGGUUUUAUGGGAGGGGCUCCAGAUUGCACUUGGAUUGCACAGAUAAACAUCUAUCCCAAGCCAGAUGUACAAAUGGGAUCUAUUUCUCAUGUUUCUAUGAUGAAACAUCUACUUUUAUUUGCUUCAUUUCUUUUUUCCUAUCACCAGCCAUUCCUUGCCAACAGGUAUGGGACUGCUUUCAGCACCAUAAAUCACUUCCACAUGAACCAAAUUAGAAGGGAUUUAGGGAAUAUAAUGUGGAAGUUUCACCUCUAUCACAGAUGCCCAUGGAUAACAAAGAAGGCAUAGGUCAGUGGAUGAGGAUCAACAGUUCCUAUGUGACCCAGGCCUCUCUUGGCUACAUAGAUUGCCUUGGAUUAAGGCACCCACGGUAUUGUUAAUGGGCUACACCAGACUGACCUGCCUGCAGUCACGUGGAGCUAUUGUUUUUCGACAAUGCCUCAAAAUAAACAGGAUUUGCUUCUAUUGCCUGGAGGCUACUUAGUUACAAGUGAUUCAGCAAGUUUAGUGAUUUUUUUUUUUCUGCUGAGAUUAAAAGACUAAUGUGUUUACUGCAUUAUGUUUUAAAGGUAUUUUAACCUUCAGGUAAAGGGAGUUUAGAAAGUUUGAGCCCUGUUUCUCACCCAUUCUAGCUAUAUUAUAGGAACUAGACCCAGAGAUUCUGAAUAAUGACACUGCCAUCACCAGCCAAGGCCCUGGCCCAAUAUAUGAGUUACAGGAAUUCACUCCUGGGUGGAUGUACUAUGUACACAUCUCUCCUGCUUAGGAUUCAUUCCCUUCACCUGUCUUCCAUGUUUGCUUGCCUGAUGUUGGAAGCCCUUAUAAGAGAGUUACUCAUGGCUAUACAAGCAGUUCCUGUGGCUGCACUGGGGCUUUUUCCAUCAUCAAGAGCUGCACACAUGAAACCGAACAUUUACUUCCCAGGGAACAACUUCUUGACCUUUUCAUCAUGAUCUCUGGAGAUCCAUCAGUCCAUUAUCCCUGACCUGUGCUCCAGACAUUCAUGAUAAUAUAAACAGGUCAGAGCUGCUUCCCAUUUUCUUCCCUCCACGUUUCCUAUUUUUCCUGGUUUGGGAGGCAGUAUCACAGAGUGGUUAGCGUGGUUGAUUGGGAACCAUAGCUCUAAACACUAGCUCUUGUCUUGCCCUAUCCCUGUGAGGCAGUGCUAUCUCGAAACCAAGAUCGUCACUGUGUCAAGAAUGCUUUAAAAUCUCUGCUCUAGCACUGUGCAGAGCUCUUCGUAACACUA